UGUUGUGUUUUGUUGUCUUUCAGUAUCUUUCGUUGAGAUGAGCAUUUAUGCACUGCGUGUCACUGGUGUGUUUGGCGAUGAGGUAUGAUAUAUAAACAUUUUGCUUAAGUGAGGCAUAAACUAAAUUUCGACCCUUUAUUUCUAAUGUCGUGGAACGACUCCAGUGUAAACACUGCCAAACCUGAACAGUAAGGUCGACAUCAGACAGCAAGUUUGGUUCUCUCAAAUAGCCAUUGGCGCAUCCAUAUGGUGCACAAAUUUGACACUGAGUGAAUUCUUCUAGAUAGUGCAAUGUACUGCAUGACAUGCUCCUGCUGUAGCACUGGUCAAGGUUAACUGUUUAGUAUGGACAACAGUAGUCCAUGAGCAUCAUAUAAUACAAUCUGCAAUUCUGAACUAUACACUCAGAAACAUGUCAUGCAAAAGUCAUUACAUGCUUAAGAUGCUCAGGUUAAUGUCCCUGCGGUCAGCCAGUCUGAGGGACAUGUCUCAGGUCAUCACAAUAGGUCCUCAGGCAGGAUCUUAUCAUUCCUCCAUGAAUCUCUUUUGGCCAAGUGACAGUAGCCAAAAGCCAGCUAUGAAAUGGCGACGCAGUGCCAAUCUUCGCCACAAGGCCAGGGGCUCCUCUGAAUGGGAGGAUGGCCCUCAAGAGUUUAUGGACAGUAGCCAGCCAUUAUUUGCUCAUAAUCAUCGCAGUGGAGUGCCCCCUUUCGUCCUGAAGCAAAGAACUGGCGCCAAACACAAACUACCCAACGAGCUCCGCGUUCUCAGCUUUGAGGACCUACCUGCUGCGGCACACCAGAAGACCCUCAGGGCCUCCAAACCGGAUCAUAAGCCGUUGGUCACGGAUAAACGGGAUGACGUGCUGUUUGGCCUGUAUCCAUGCCUCUUGGCCCUCACGCAGGGCAGGAGGAAAGUGACAAGGCUCUUUGUGAAGAGCGGUGAAGGACAGCAGAAGAAUGACGGAUUGCAGGAGGUUUGCGAGGAGGCCCGGAAACGUGGCGUUGAGAUCAAGUGGGUCCACAAGAGGGACCUGGACAAACUGACUCAGGGGCGCGUCCAUCAGGGGGUCUGUCUGCAGGCCAGCCCUCUGCAGUACCUCAGAGAGUGGGCGGUUGCACCUGAAAAGCCAGACCGCCGCAACAAAACCCCUCUCUGGCUGGUCCUUGAUGGAAUUCAGGACCCAAUGAACCUUGGCGCUAUUCUCCGUUCUGCUUAUUUUCUCGGUGUGGAUAAGAUUGCAAGUAGCAUUCAAAACAGUUGUCCUCUCACACCUGUCGUGAGCAAGGCCAGCUCCGGGGCGAUGGAGAUAGCGGAAAUCUACGGCUAUGACAACUUGGAGGACAUGGUUCAGGUGAAAAAAGAACAAGGAUGGCAAGUUGUAGGCACAGUAGGAAUUGAGGGGAAGAGUCUUGAGACUCCUCCAGUGAAUUGCUCAGAUUUCCAAAUACUCAAACCUACACUGUUACUGAUGGGUGGAGAAGGUGCUGGCCUCUCCACAGACCUGCGGCAUCACUGUGAUCACCUGCUCACCAUCCCUGCUCGAAGGGACCUGCCUCCAGGGCUCGAGUCCCUCAACGUGUCCGUGGCCACAGGUAUCCUCCUGCACUCUCUCCUUACAUCUCGAUCCAGAGGACGUAGAUGACAGGCAUUUGUGUUGGCGAGCUUCCAGUGUUCUUCAACCCCUGAGGAAUAUUUCUGAGAUAGCCAUUAAGUUCACAUUAUGUUCUGGAUGUAUUAGAUGUGGGACGUCCAGAAUGUGUGCAGUAUGAUCUGGUUAGAGCAACACCUGCAGUCUGCCAAUGUGUAUGUUAAUUAUUUUCUGUUAUGUAUGAGAAUGUAAGCUUUAAUUAUUGAAGGGGUGACUGUCAACUAUUAAAUCUCUUGUGCUGAAAAAUAA